AUGUUGCGUCACCUGCACGACAGUAUAAUGGCGCGCGUCACGGACAACAAAGCUGUCUCAGAGGCAUUCGCAGUGGCCAUCGGAGUGAAGCAGGGAUGCGUCCUGGUGCCUACCCUCUUAAAUCUCAUGUUCUUUGCCAUGCUAAUGGACGCCUACUACGACGAAAGCCCCGGAAUCCGCAUCGCCUACAGCACGGACAGCCACCUCCUCAAUCAACGCCGAAUGAACUUCCAAUCGCGCGUAUCCACAACCACCGCUCACGAACUUCUCUUCGCCGACGACUGCGCCCUCAACACCGCCUCGGAAGACGACAUGCAAAGGAGCAUGGACCGCUUCUCCGCCGCCUGCGAUAACUUCGGUUUGAUCAUCAACACGAAGUUGACGGUGGUCAUGCAUCAACAGCCACCCGACACAGCCCCACCCCCAACGCGCCGCCGCAAAUCAGCGUGAACGGAACCCAGCUGCAACUGGUGGAGAACUUCCCAUACCCGGGCGGUACCCUCUCCCGCAACACCAAGAUCGAUGACGAAGUCGCCAACAGGAUCUCGAAAGCCAGUCAAGCCUUCGGUCGCCUCCAAAGCACAGUUUGGAAUCGUCACGGUCUUGAACUGAGCACGAAGCUGAAGAUGUACAAGGCCGUCAUCCUCCCGACGCUGCUGUACGGAGCGGAGACUUGGGCGGUGUACACGAAGGAGGCACGCCGACCCAACCACUCCUACCUCAGAUGUCUUCCUCGCAUCCUGAGGCUGAGCUGGCAGGAUCGAAUCCCCGACAGUGAUGUACUGAAACGGAGGGGAAUCCUCAGCAUCUAUACCAUGCUGAAACAAAUGCAGUUGCGUUGGAGCGGUCACCUCGUGCGCAUGGACUACGAGCGACUACUUAUGACUCUUCUAUGGAGACGUCAUCACGGAUUCUCACCACCAAGGAGGCCAAAUUCGUCGAUACAAGGAUACCCUGAAAUCCUCCCUGAAGCGUCUGCAAAUUAA